GAGUGCUAUAUAGCUCAAAAGUUGGGUUUGAAGAUGAACUAAAAGACUGCAUAAAUGAAAGUUUGACAGUUGAUGAUUUUCAAACUUGGUGGGUAGUCAUGCUUAAUAAGUAUCAACUGCAUGAUAAUAAAUAUCUUCAAUUGCUAUGGAAUAUUCGCCAUCAAUGGGUACCCGCAUAUUUUCGAGAUACUUUUUUUGCAAAUAUGUCUACAUCAUAGCGUAGCGAAAGUAUGAAUGCUGUUGUGAAGAUAUGGUCGGAUUCACAUUCAUCAAUAUAUAAGUUUGUUACUCAGUUUGAGAAAAUGACCACUAGUCAAUAUGAGAGAGAGGAUUUUGAGGACUUUAUGACAAAAGAUGGAGAUGCUACUUUAUGGUCACACGAUCCAAUUGAAAAAGAAGCACGUGACAUAUACACGAGAACAAUGAUUUCAGAAUUUAAAAUACAACUAAAGGCCGCAACCGGUUAUGCAGUGACUGAAUUGGAGAAGGAUUCAUUCUAUAAAAUUAGUAAGUUUUCAAAUCCUUCUAAUCCAAACCAGAUAAUAAGUGAAUAUACUGUUUCCAUUAUUAAAGCAGAAGGUAAAGUGUUAUGUACAUGUAAAUUUUUUGACUUCUACGGUAUUUUAUGCUCACAUGCACUGAGGGCGAUGAACUAUGCUGGGAUACACAAUAUUCCUCCUUGUUAUGUGACGAAAAGAUGGACUAAGGAUGCAAAAAAAGGCACAUCAAGCACUAAAAUGACAGCAUGCGAUGACGACUCAUUUCGUAGGGCACGAAGGUUUGAUUCACUCACUAUGAUGACACAAAAUUUUAUUUCAAAAGGUUCAAAGAGUGAUGGGGCAUAUGAGGCAGCAUGCAAAAAGAUUCAAGAAGGUAUUUUGGAAUUCACAUUAAUUAACAAAGCAUCAGGAAGCACCAAUGAAGGAUCAAUCAAGAACUCUACGCAGAACAUUCAUGAAAUUACCAUUUCACGAUCAAGUGAACUAAACUUGCUUGUAACAGAUUGUGCUAUUAGAGAUCCUCCUCAAUCACAAUGCAAAGGGAAACGAAGGCCGCAAAGGUUUAAACCACCAGUUGAGAAGAAAGUGAAAAAAUCUAGAACUUGUAUGCAAUGUGGAAAAAAAGGACAUAAUAGAAGAACUUGUCACGAGGUAGAUGGCACGGCACUAUCUGAGAAAGGAGACUCUAGCGACAGUUUUGAGGGAAUUGAUCAAAGUGAUGCUGGACUAUUAUGAAGAGGCUUAAAGGCAUUUAUGUUAAAUGUAAUUGGAAAGCAUGUAGUCUUGAGUGAAUGUGCUAAACUUUAUCUUAUGUGGAUGUAUAAUAUCUAUACUUAU